GGCUAUGACACAGCACUGGGCCAUGAGAGGGUGGUUUCCCCCACCCCCCAUCCUCAGCCAGGGGCAGGGCCUGGCCAGUGUAUAAAUGUGCCCGCCUGUUGGGCCUUCCCCACUCUACAUUUCUCUCCAAGUUUGUCUUCUCAGCGCUUCCUCUCUUGAUCCUGACUGUGACCAUGUCAAGUGCCCUGGAGAAAGCUCUGGAUGUGAUGGUGUCCACCUUCCACAAGUAUUCAGGCAAAGAAGGUGACAAAUUCAAGCUCAACAAGUCCGAGCUGAAGGAGCUGCUGACUCGGGAGCUGCCCAGCUUCCUGGGGAAAAGGACAGAUGAAGCUGCAUUCCAGAAGCUGAUGAGCAACCUGGACAGCAACCGCGACAGCGAGGUGGACUUCCAGGAGUACUGUGUCUUCCUCUCCUGCAUCGCCAUGAUGUGCAAUGAGUUCUUCGAGGGCUGCCCUGACAAGCAGCCCCGCAAGAAGUGAAGGGUUCUGGAUUGGGGUGGGGGUGGGGUUUGUAGCUGGCAGUGGGCUUGGUGCUCCACCUGCUCCUCCAGGCAUGUACAUGAUAUUGAGCAAACAAUAAAGAUGCUGAGAUGCUGA